UCGAGGCUGGAGCUGGGACUCCAGGGCUCCUGUGGCCACAUUCAGCUGGCUCGCGGCCCUCCCUGCCUCGCCGCCCUCCCUGGCCGCGCGACCGCCGGAGCCCCCUCCCUCCCUCGCCGAGCUGCGCGCUCCGCCCGUGCAGCCGCCACCACCGCCGCCGCCGCCGCGUGCUCCUGCUGCCUUCUCGCUUCAGCCGAGCCAGCCAGAGGAACGAGGGGGGGGGUGGCAGAGAGAGAGAGAGAGAGAGAGAGAGAGAGAGAGAGAGAGAGAGAGAGAGAGAGAGAGAGAGAGAGAGUCAGUCGGCGAGGCAAGCGGAGCGGGGACACGGAGCCGUUGCUCCGGAACCAGCGGAAACCUCCUCGGACAGCAGUCGGGCUCCUGCCCCAGCAGCUCGCGUGGUCUCCAGAGACGCCGCGACCGCCAACGCCGCUCCAACCCGGCCUCUCGCGCCCCUUGCCGCCGGCUCGCCUGGGCGGCCGGGAUGCAGCCGGGGCAUGGCCGCCGGGGCCCCGUCACCUGCCGCGGGGAACGCUGAACCCGUUGAAAAGCUGCCUGUGAGAACCUAGCGGUCCUUUGUGAUCCCACUCUGCGUGGGCACACACACUGCACACUGAGGAAGCCUCAUCAGUUCCUCCACGGGCCCCUGGCUACAGGAAAGUAGACGACACCCCAACAGCGUGACAUCAGAAGGACCAGGGGGAAUUCUGCCGGCCUCCCCGGAGCUGGCCCACAGGCCUCCUUGUCUGAGGAGUGGCCCGUUCUGCAAACAGAGAGCCCAGAGCGCCUCCGGGAAAAUUGGCUGAAUAAAAGGGCAAUCAGGACGCCACGGCUCCACCUGAAGCGAUGGCCCAGCCCUACCCCCCUGCCCAGUACCCUCCUCCGCCUCAGAAUGGAAUCCCAGCUGAAUAUGCCCCACCUCCGCCUCACCCCACCCAGGACUACUCCGGCCAGACCCCUGUCCCCCCAGAGCACGGCAUGACCCUCUACACACCCGCACAGACUCAUCCUGAGCAGCCAGGCACUGAGGCCAGCACACAGCCCAUCGCUGGGACCCAGACGGUGCCGCAGGCAGAUGAAGCAGCACAGACAGACAGCCAGCAGCUCCACCCUUCCGACCCCACGGAGAAGCAGCAGCCCAAACGACUACAUGUCUCCAACAUCCCCUUCCGGUUCAGGGACCCCGACCUGCGGCAAAUGUUCGGGCAAUUCGGGAAAAUUUUAGACGUGGAGAUCAUUUUUAACGAGCGGGGCUCCAAGGGUUUUGGGUUUGUAACUUUUGAAACUAGCUCAGAUGCUGACCGAGCCCGGGAGAAGCUGAAUGGGACGAUCGUAGAGGGACGGAAAAUUGAGGUCAAUAAUGCCACAGCCCGGGUCAUGACCAAUAAGAAGCCUGGGAACCCAUAUGCCAAUGGCUGGAAACUAAACCCUGUGGUAGGAGCAGUCUAUGGGCCUGAAUUCUAUGCAGUGACCAGUUUCCCCUACCCCACCACGGGCACCGCCGUCGCUUACCGGGGUGCGCACCUGCGGGGCCGGGGCCGUGCUGUGUAUAACACAUUUCGAGCUGCACCACCUCCGCCCCCCAUUCCAACUUACGGAGCGGCACUGGAGCAAACGCUUGUUAAAAUGCCAGUCCCGUGGGCGGGGCUGGCACCGUGCCCCCUCCCUCCUCAGCAGACACCGGAGCCGGCCUACCCCACCUCUCCAGCGUUCCCACCACUCUCUUGUCCGUUUGCUUCCAGGGUCGUGUAUCAGGAUGGAUUUUAUGGUGCUGAGAUUUAUGGAGGCUAUGCAGCUUACAGAUAUGCUCAGCCAGCAGCCGCCGCUGCCGCCGCCGCCUACAGUGACAGUUAUGGUAGAGUCUAUGCCGCCGCUGAUCCUUACCAUCACACCAUCGGCCCCACAGCAACCUACAGCAUCGGAACCAUGGCUAGCCUCUGCCGAGGAGGGUACAGCCGCUUCACCCCCUACUAGCAAGAGACCCCCUCACAGCAUUCACACUACACCAAACCAAACCCUACAGGCCCAACACCAGGCACAACCGCCCGGAGGACAGUGCGCCCCUCCCUGUCAGCGACCAGCGAGCUGACCCUCUGCGACUCUAAAGUCCAUAGAUUUUUACCUCCAGCCAGCUGGUCUCCCCACCCCACCCAUGCUGGUGUGUGUGUCUCUGACCCUGGUUUUCCUGUAUGUCUGAACCUUGGUUUCCUAUCUUGACGUUGUUGUACGAGCCACUUCAGGUACAGUAUGCAUACAGCGGGAGCCAGGCCGGGGGGACGGCAAGGUGCCCUGCCAGGGCCAUGCCCAUGCCUCAGGGCACCACGGGCCCUCGGGGCUCCGGAAGUGCCAGGCCAAGCCUCCCUCAGAGCCACCUCGGUCAGCCCCUGCAGGUCUGGCCAUCCCGGGUUUGCCUGCUGACAGAAGAGUUCCAGGCCUAGUCAGUGGGGUCUUCCCAGUGGGAGGGGCUUCCACCCACCUUUCACAAAGUCUGUCAGGAGUAGCUGCAGGCCCUCUCUGGACUUGCACCCAGCCGAAGUUAACGUUUCUAUUAAGGUUUACUAAUGAUCCAAAUAGUCACAAGCACGCUAUUCCAUGUGCAAUACUGCCGUGGUCACCCUGGCUCUGGGAUUCCUUACAGACAUGGAAAUGUCCCUGCCCCAAGGUCACCCUGCAUUGCCUGUGGACCUGGAGACCCCUCCCUGAGCCUGACCACCCUGGAGCUGAUGGCUCUGGGAAUUUGUUCUUGACCUACAGAGCCACCCUACCCAUCCCCAAGACCCAACAUACCUUUUGCAGAGGUCCAUUCCAGGAAAGGCCAGAGUUCCAGUCGUCAGGCCUGGGACACAGUAUCAGCUUCCUUCCUCUGGUCUCCCUGCAGCCCCUAAGCCUCAGUUAGCAUGUGUGUGCCUCUGUGGCCUGUGGGGACCCACCUAGCUCCACUGCCUAGAGUCCCUGAAGUCAGGCCGAAAGCCUAGAGAACUAGCGGAUGUUAAUCCCUCCACUCUGGGGGUUCAGGGCCACAAGGUGACCAAAGCUGUAAGUCCCAUCAAGCCCCCUCUCCUCCACCAUACCCUGCCCUCUACCCACUCUCAGCCCUGUCCAUCGCUAUGAGAUGGUCUAGCUUGUGGUGUGGUUCCAGAAGCUGUGGUGGGGGUAUGGGCAGGAUUGGAGGGGGUGUGGCCUCAGGGGAGCUAUAGGGGAGGUGUGGCUUCAGGUCGGACCCCAGACCACAAGCUCGGUCCCCCCCCCCCCCCGCAUGCUGCAGCCGCCCCUCGGAAACUGCAAGCCCUCCUUUCUGUUUCUGUUGUAGUGAAACCUUCCACCGUCUCCUUCUCGGACCAUGAAGGGCAAAAACAAAAAAACAAAAAAAAUCACAAAACAAAAAACAAAACAAAAAAAGAUGUUAAGAUCCAAGCAACAACAGCAACAACAACAAAUACCAACCAAACCAAGAGGCAUCCAACCAAGUCCAAGUCCACGUCUGGCGUACACCCGCACCGAGGGAGCUCGUCCCCCAGGGGGCGCCGGAGAGUGGCUUUGCCUGGCUGGCGGUGUAGUGGGGACGCGGCCAGGCGCUGGGGAAGACCUGGAGGGGAAACGUGGCCCGUGGGUGUGGGGCGGGGGGCUCCGGUAUCUAUCCAGUCUUCCUUUCCCACCCUGCUCCCCAGACAGGGGGUUCCUAGGGUGGACCAGGCCCCUGAGAAGGAGCGGCCAGCUGACUUGGGCUAUUGCCUGCUGAGCCCUGAAGGGGCUGGAGCAGUUAGGGGCCAGCGGCUUAUCACUCAUCCCAGGCCUCCAGCCUCAUUGAAUGUUGCUGCCAGUGCCGCCAGCUAUCCAACCAGCCGCCCUGGAUUCCAGCUCCCAAAGCAAAGGGCUGACUCGGCUCCAGAACUCUGGGGCACCCCAUGCUCCGCUCCCCUAUGUGAGAAAGCUUCCGGCUACAAAGAACAAAGAAAGCCCAGCCAGCGAGGACCCAGUCCUCACGCUGUGAACGUGGACAGGUGGGCCCUUGGGCACAGGGUUGUUUGUCGCGGCAGCCUCCCUGAAGGAGGCUCUGUGGGCUCGAAGGCCGGCUGUCUGCUAGGACCCAGCCCUCCUUUCCACUCCCUUCUGUAGGCUCCGUUCUGCUGGGGAGCGGGGAUUGAGACGGGCCAGCCCUGGGCCGCACCUCGAGGUUGGGAGUCAAGGUGCUGUGGGUCUGGAGGGCCACAGUCAGAGCAGGACCCAUGGGAAAGACAAGGGAUGGGGAAGGUCUGGGCUGGCCCUGCCACAGGGAAGGCCGGCCAGGCUGCGGCCCGUUUGCUCCCAGGGCAGGUAAAGUGCGGGAGUCACCGGAAAGCAGCAGGCCCAGCGGAUGGAACAGGGAAGAGGUAUCAAGAAGCCCCCGGGCAAGGCAGGGAUAGGUGGAGUAGGGUUAACAGCAAAAAAGAAAAAAAAAUAAAUAAAUAACAGAAACCAAGGCUCCCGACGCGGCACCACUGUCUCAUGACACCUCAAAAUAAAUCACCUCACUUUCUAUCCAGCAUCAGCCACAGAAGCUAUGGAAACGGAACCCUCCUUUUCUAUUCCUGAUGUACAUAGCCCCGCGCCUGCCUCCGGCUCUGUCCUCUGUACAGAGCCCCUUGCCUUCUGCUGUUUCGGACCCUUUUCCCGCAGCCCCUCCCAGGACUGCAGCCGAGCCCCAGGCUUCCUUUCUUACCAUUCUGUAUGCUUCCACGGUGUGACCAUUCAAAUUAACAGUAUUAUUAUUAAGAUUAAUAAAGAUUUCUUUCUUCAAACCAG